AUGAGUUCUGUGCCGCCACAAGCUGACCUGGGUCAACUUCUGCAAAAUUUACAAUCUCCCAAUAAUGAGCUGCGCUCAGGGGCCGAGCAGCUGCUAAUGUCUGAAUGGGUGUACGGUGAAACUGAACGUCAAAGCGCACUUCUGUUGAACCUUGCACAGCUAGCUGCAGCUGGCCCAGAGUCUAGUCGUGCAUUUGCUGCUGUUCUUCUUCGUCGAUACGGCAUUAAACUAGCUCCGGAAGCUAAGACUCUUGAUCGCCUAUUCGAUGUAAUCUCGCCGGUUGCCCGCGCUCAAAUCCGCCAGUUGCUUCUUCAGGCUAUGCUUUCGCCCGACCAGCAGGUCCAGGUUCGACACAAAAUCGCGGACGCGGUCGCAGAGUUUGCGCGCCGCCAGGGUGAGGCCACGGAGGCCUGGAAUGAGCUUUUGCCUGCGCUGUUCGAUGCCUCGAGAACCCCCAAUCCUGAAAUCCGCCAGUGCGCCUUCCGUGUAUUCGCUGCUUCUCCCGAAAUCCUCGAGAGUAAUGCGGAGGUUUUGCCGGAAGCAUCAAAAGUCUUGCAUGCCGGUUUCGACGAUACCAGUGAUAACGUGCGAAUCAGCGCCGUGACCGCGUUUUCAGCCUUCUUCCAACUUCUGCCCCGCUCCACCUGGACAAUUUUCAAGCCUAUGCUACCCAGUUUGCUUCGCGUCAUGGAACCGCUGAGACUCCAGUACAAAACCGAGGAGCUAACCGCCGUUUUGGAGUCCCUCAUCGAGCUGGUCCAGCUGGCCCCCAAAAUGUUCAUUCCGGUGUUCAAGGAAGUCAUCGAGUUCUCACUAGCUGUCGCCGCCGAUAAAGAAAUGGACCAGUCGACCCGUUUGUCUGCUUUUGAGUUCGUUGUCUCGUUCGCAGAUGAGGCGCCAAAUAUGUGCAAAGCUGAGCCUACAUACAUCGAGAAGCUCAUUCUCCAGUGUUUAUCAAUGCUCGUGGAAGUCGGCGAAGACGAUGACGACGCGUCGGAAUGGAACAAUGAGGAUGAUCCUCAGGCAGAUGAAGAGGAUGUCCACCUCGCCGCCAAAUCGUCGUUGGAUCGUAUGGCCCUCAAGAUCGGCGGUGAGGCAAUGGUGCCUCCGUUGUUCUACUGGCUACCUAAAAUGUUGAACUCCCCCGAGUGGAGACAACGCCACGGUGCUCUAAUGGCAAUCUCGAAUGUUGCCGAGGGCUGCCGUGAAGUCAUGAUCACAGAAUGCGGCAAGCUCCUCGACUUGAUCUUGCCGCUACUUGCAGAUCCUCAUAGCCGCGUGCAGUGGGCGGCUUGUAAUGCUAUAGGUCAGCUUUCAACUGAUUUUGCACCUGAAAUCCAGAAGAAGUACGGUGACCGUAUCCUUCCUGCUUUAAUUAGCAAACUUAGCAACGAGUCUACUUUUCGGGUCCAAGCUCAUGCAGCUGCUGCGAUUGUCAACUUCUGUGAGCAUGCCUCGAAGGAAGUUAUGGACGGAUACCUGGACGACAUGCUGUCAAGGCUGCUUCAGCUGUUGCAAGGGCCCAAGCGUUAUGUUCAGGAGCAGGUGUUGACAACUAUCGGCGUGGUUGCAGAUGCCGCCGAACAGAAAUUCUCCAAGUAUUAUGACACUUUGAUGCCUCUUAUUUUUAGCAUUAUGAAGGCGGAUACCGGCAAUGAAUACCGCUUGCUCAAGGCGAAAGCAAUCGAGUGCUCAACCCUUUUGGCGGUUGCCGUGGGCAAAGAAAAGUUCGAACCCAAUUUCCAUGAGACCGUGCAGCUUUUUGCCGCUAUCCAACAGCAGGCUCUUGAUGAUGAUCCAUGCCAGUCGUACUUGGUUCAGGCUUGGGGUCGUCUCUGUCGCAUUAUGGGUACGUCGUUUCUCCCCUACCUUGCUGGUGUGAUGCCUCCCCUACUCGCAAUUGCCAAGACUCAAGCUGACUGCCAUUUCCUCGACGAGGACCAAGCUGCAUUGAUCGAUGGAAACGGUGGCUGGGAGGUCAUUCAGGCUUCUGGGCAGCUCGUUGGCAUUCACACUGCUCCUUUCGACGACAAGGCGAACGCGAUUGCCUUACUUUCGGUUUACGCAAAUGAGUUGGGUGCCGAUUUCUACCCUUACGUUCCUGAAAUCUUGAACGACAUCGCGUUGCCUAGUCUUUCGUUCUUCUAUCAUGAUGAUGUACGAUAUUCCACCUGCCAUCUCAUCCCGCAUCUCGUUACCUCUGCUCAGCACGCAGCGAGCAGAACUACUGGCAGCGAGCAGGCAGCUAAAAACGCUCCUCAGGUGCUACAGACGUGGCUCCCUUGUCUCGAAAAAAUGCUUCGCCUUAUAGAGAAUGACGAGGCACCAGCCAUUGUCAGUGAGAUGUUCACUGCAAUUUACCACUGUAUCCUUCUCAUUGGUCCCGACGGGCUUCCCGCCCAGGCUAUCGAAGCUUUGAUGGACGCAAUUAUUGUAUCGCUGACUGAACUUCAAGAACGCUUGUCUGCUCGUGAUGCUGCCGAUAACGACGAGUUCAUUGAAGAUCCGGAGGAGGAAGAUGCCGAGCAGGCUGAUGAAGAGUUGAUCGACUCUAUUAACAAAAUUAUUCAUGCCAUCGUGAAAACAUAUAAAGCUGAUGCAUUGCCACAGCUUGAUCGCAUAAUGCCACAGGUUCUGGCUUUCUUGGGGUCCUCAAAUGACGAUCUACGGGAGUGGGCUCUGUUUGUUGUCAAUGACAUCAUUGAGUAUACUAGCCCUGUCGCCGACAAGUACAUUGAAGCUAUCCGUGUUCCCAUGGUCGAAUCGCUUGUGCACUCGAACGCCCGCAUCCGACAAGCCGCUGUUUACGGCCUCGGCGUUGCAGCUCAGUUUGGGGGUGAUCAUUUUGCACAGUUAAGUGUGGGCAGCCUGGAGCAGCUGUUCAGCUUGGUGAAUGCACCAGAGUCCCGCAGUGAGGAAAACCUUGAUGCUACAGAGAGUGCCAUCGGGGCUAUCGCCAAAAUCUUGAGGGUCCACGGAGAUCUUCUGGGCAAUCAGCGCGAUAUGGUUAUCACUGAAUGGAUCAAGACCCUGCCCAUUGUGGAGGAUGGCGAUGCCGCUCCAUUUGCAUACCUUUUCUUGGCGGAUCUCAUUGGCCAGAAGCAUCCUGCGGUGAUGCAGCAAGUUCCCAAAGUGUUCUUUGCCAUCUCGCAGGCCCUGGUUGCUGGUGUUCUUACCGGCAAACGCGCUGACCGCGUCGUUCAAGCCACCAAAAACCUUUUAAGCCAGCUGCAACAAAAUGAACCGAUGGAAUUGUUCAAUUCCUUAGCUCCUAACGAUCAAGCAGUAAUCCAGCGCUAUUUCCAGUAG